AUGAAGACACUUCAGAGAAAUAUGAAUGUAUUCCAGCAAACUAAAAUUCUCUUGUGGAAAAAUGUACUUAUCAAGUGGAGAAUGAAGAUGCAGAGCUUUCAGGAGUGGAUGCUGUCUCUGCUCUUCCUGCCGCUGAUGUUCAUGGUGAGCAUGUUCAUGAUGAACAUGCACUACCCCGAAGUGCCGUACAGCUACCUCGGGCAGUUGGAUGAUCCCGCCUAUGAUGCCACCGGGGUCACUGUUGCUUUUACACCCAUCACUGAGACCACAAGGCAGAUAAUGAAUAAAGUGGCCUUGAACUCUGUAAUGUUAGGUAUAAAACUGGAGGCAAUGGACAAUGAGAGAGCCCUGGAGGAAGCCUGGAUUUUGAACAAUGACAUUAUAGGGGUUGUAUUUAAAGACAACUUCUCCUAUCACCUCAGGUUUUCUGAUGGCAACGUGGCUAUUCCAAAUGACAACUUUGGAUAUAUAGAUAACUGUUAUAAUUUCUCGUCGCGGUACUGUUACAGCCCCAGAUACUGGUACAAAGGCUUCCUGUCCCUGCAGUCCAGCAUUGAUGCUGCUAUCAUAGAGGUGGUGGCAAAUCAUUCUGUUUGGGAAGAAAUGAAAUCGAUUGCUGGUGUCCGUAUGAAAUCCCGGAGCGUCAUCUCCUCAAUUACACUAGAGUACAGUUACUUCAUGAUUACGAUCGUGAUGUGUUUCUCUCCGUUCAUGUAUUUCUUGUCAAUCAAUGUUGUAAGAGAAAAGAAGAAGCUCAAAGUACUGAUGAAGGCAAUGGGGCUGCAGGAUAUUGCAUUUUGGCUCUCCUGGAGUCUGCUGUAUGCUCUGUACGUGAUGGUCCUCUCCUGCCUGCUGGCAGCUCUCGUGCUGCGGGAUGCUUUCUACCUCAGCAGCUUCCCUGCGGUCUCACUGCUCUUCUUCCUGUAUGGCCUAGCAUGUGUCCACCUGGUUUUCAUGCUCUGCUCCCUCUUAAGGACCUCCAAACUUGCUGGCUCCAUGGGGUUCCUCAUGACCUUUCUGUUCGGAUGCCUGAGCCUCGCGGUGCUGAUAGAAAACCUUCCAGACCCGUUGAAGUGGUUUCUCAGUCUCUUCUGCCCAUUUGCAUUUAAUGCUGGCAUUGCAAAGGUUUUCCAUUUAGAGAAAUAUGGAAUGGGUUUCUCUUUUUCUAACCUUAUGGAAGAAUCAUACUUUUUAUUUUUGACUUACAUUAUGCUGGUCUUUGACUCAGUCUUUUACAUGCUGUUAGCUAUGUAUUUCGACAAAGUUCUGCCAGGCAAAUAUGGCACCCCAGAUCCCCCUUUUUUCUGCCUGAAGCCCUCCUACUGGGUGCGGAGCAGGAGAGGCUCUGCCAGGGAGAUGUCCAGAACUGCAGCGAGCCCUGAGGAGCUCCUCGGUGAUGACAUAGAGCCAGUGCCCCCUGAAUUCAUGGGGAAGGAAGCCAUCAGACUCAGCAAUAUUAAAAAAGCAUAUAAAAAGAAGGACAAGAAGACAGAAGCUUUAAGAGGUUUGUCUUUAAAUAUUUACGAGGGUCAGAUCACUGCGUUACUCGGCCACAGCGGGGCUGGAAAAACAACACUGUUAAACGUGGUCAGUGGACUGACUUUGCCUUCUGAAGGCUCUGCAACCAUAUACAACUACAAACUCUCAGAAAUAGGAGAUAGGGAAGCGAUUAGAGAGAUGAUUGGCAUUUGCCCACAAUCCAACAUACAGUUUGAAGUCUUAACGGUGAAAGAGAACUUGAAAACUUUUGCAGAAAUCAAGGGCAUCAGGUCCAAAGAGGUAGAGCGAGAGGUGCAAAACAUUUUGGAACUGCUGGAUAUCAGUAACAUUCAAGACACUCAAGCUGAGAAACUAAGUGGUGGGCAAAAACGGAAGUUAUCCAUUGGAAUAGCCAUGCUUGGAAACCCACAGGUUUUGCUCCUGGAUGAGCCAACAGCUGGGCUGGAUCCUCUUUCCAGGCACCAGGUGUGGAACCUCCUCAAGGAGCAGAGAGCUGGACGGGUGAUCCUCUUCAGUACCCAGUUCAUGGACGAGGCCGAUAUCCUCGCGGACCGCAAGGCUUUUAUCUCGCACGGGCGGCUGAAGUGUGUCGGUUCCUCUCUGUUCCUGAAGAAAAAAUGGGGGAUUGGCUAUCAUUUAAGGAUACACGUCAGUGAGUCUUGUAACUUAGAGAACGUGACAUCUCUGGUUAAACGGUACAUCCCCAAUGUCAUAUUCUCUGGACAAGGUCAAUAUGAGCUGAAAUAUAAACUGCCAUUAGAAAACGUGAAUAAAUUCCCAGAUCUGUUCAGUGGCCUUGACAGCUGCUCUGAGCAGGGAAUUAUCAAUUAUGGAGUUAGCAUGACAACCCUGGAGGAUGUCUUCCUGAGACUGGAGGAAGAAGCCACCAUGGAUCACGAAGAUGAGCACGUCCUUGGGGAGGAGUGGGCAGGAGCAGGACCAUGGUGCCCCGACGAGACGGAGCCGGGCUCCCUGCUGCUCUCGGACACUGGGAAGGCGGCAGUUGGUGGCUUGGCUCUCUGGAGGCAGCAGGUCUCUGCCAUGGCAUGGGUGCACUUCUUAAAGCUUAAGAGUUCAGGGAAAAACCUGCGGUCAAUUUUGCUGCUCUAUGUGGUUUUUCUACUUCCUCUGCUUUUGCAACUGUCCCUGGUUGCUGCCUGGCAGAGUGUGAGCGCCUGGGAGCUCUCAUCCGCACGGUACUUCUUGCCCCUGGGGAAGGGGGCUCACCCGGAGAUGACCAGCCUCCUGGUCCACAACAACACAGGUGAGGGCAACAAGCCUUUCCUCAGCCUCUCCUACUCCGGGGCUUCUUGCUGUUGCAAAAGAAGCAAGUGA